ACACACCAGUCCCACCUCCCUUUGCCCAAAACUACAGCGGAGCCCAUUCAACCGAUUCUCCGCAGUGCUGAAGGAGCAGAGUGAAGUGAAGGAGGAGACGGAAGGAGGAGGAGUGAGAUAGAGUGAGGGGGAGAAAAACGAGGAGGAGAAGAAGAAUUAACGCGAGAGAGUGAGGACGGGAGGGAUAAAGAGGAAACCUGCACGUCCGGGUGUCCGGAGCUUCCCAGUGCGCACAGAUCCUCGCGUCGGCUGCAGCGUCCAGCUCUCCGCUCCGCAGGAUGAGUUCGUUCAGCACCAGGGCUCUGACGCUGCUCUCCUCGGUGUUCGGGGCCUGCGGCCUGCUGCUGGUGGGCGUCGCCGUGUCGACGGACUACUGGCUGCUGAUGGAGGAGGGCAUCAUCCUGCAGCAGAACCAGACCACCGAGGUCAAGAUGGCGCUGCACUCGGGCCUGUGGAGGGUCUGCUUCGUGGCAGGACCGGAGAAGGGCCGAUGUGUGGCGGCGGAGUAUUUCAUCGAGCCGGAGAUAGAGAUCACCACAGAGAACACAGCCAACAUACUCAAAAUGGUCCGGACCGCCACGCCCUUCCCCAUGGUCUCCCUGCUCUUCGUCUUCACCGCCUUCGUCAUCAGCAACAUCGGACACAUCCGGCCGCAGCGCACCAUCCUCGCCUUCGUCUCCGGAAUAUUCUUCAUACUGUCAGGUCUCAGUCUGGUGGUCGGUCUCGUCCUUUACAUCUCGAGCAUCAACGACGAGGUGAUGAACCGACCCAGAGAACCCGAGCAGUUCUUCCACUACCGAUACGGCUGGUCCUUCGCCUUCGCCGCCUCCUCCUUCCUGCUCAAAGAGGGAGCCGGAGUGAUGUCCGUCUACCUCUUCAUGAAGCGCUACGCCGAGGAGGAGCUGUACAGGCCUCACCCCGCCCUCUACCGCCCCCGCAUGUCCGACUGCAGCGACUACAGCGGCCAGUUCCUCCACCCGGACUCGUGGCCUCCGCCGCAGCGCGGCCGCAGCGCCUCCGACGUCUCCUCCGACAUCUCCAUCCAGCUCAACCAGACCCCGCCCCCGCCCCCGCAGCAGCAGCAGCAGCAGCAGCAGCCCCCCAAGGGCGGCGGCAGCUCCCAGCCGACGCCCUCCUCCUCUGGGCCCUCGUCGGCGGCCAGCUACCAGCUGCAGGCGGCCUCGUCCUCCUCCACCUCCUCCUCCUAUCCACACCCUCUUCACCCGGGCGCCACCUCCACCUUGCCCAGGGCUCCCCAUGCCCACGGCCACCCUCACCCCCACCCCCACCCCCACCCUCACCCUCACCCUCAGCAGCACCCACACCCGAGCGGGCCCCCGCCCCAGUCCAUGGCCAUGGCGCCACCCGCCGCCGUGCUUCCUCCCCGCUAUCACGCACACAUGCGAAUGAGCGCCUCGCCAUGCUAGGCUACGCUCGCAAGGGAAGGGGGGGGGGGGAAGCGUGAAAGGGGAGGUGGGAGGAGAGAGGGGCGGACACGAGUAUCAGCGAGGGGUGCGCCCGUCGUCAGGGCCGUGGCACAGCGGCAACCGGGUGAAGCUGAAUCACCGUCCGUUCAUCGACGGAUCAAAAGAACUGAAGAUACAUGACUUUCUUUGAAAAGUAACAAAAAUGAUUCGUCACGUUUAACAUUCCGUGGACGCGGUUGGGACGUUUACUUCGUCUCGGUGCGUUUUUCGGCUCGUUGGAGGCUUUUGGUUUGUGACGCGUUAUAACAUUUUUAAGAAAGUGAGAUUUUUUUCAGGUUGUCAAAAAUGUGAUAAAUGAUUUUUUUCUUUUACUUUUAAUUUUCCAUUCAAAAACAUACAUUUUAAUUCCGUAACCACGACAAUACCACACAUACUCACGCAGGCUUAUUUCAUAAUUUGUAUAUAUUCAUAUUCACAAAUCACAAUUUGCCUCAAACACAUCAGUAUUUAAAGCAUUUAUGGGGGAAAAAAGCAUAUUUCAAUUCAUAUAUAUAUAGAGUUGGUAGUGAUUUUAAAAUAAUAAUUAUCACAGUAGAAUAUGUUGAAUUUUGUUUUAAUUAAUUUAGUUUGUUCUCCAGAUGAAUAAUAAUCUAUUGUCUUUAAAAUAUGAAGGUUUUUAUUCAUGGACUGUGUUGCUGUUCUCUAAAAUCCCAUAGCUUAUUAAGUCACAAUAACUCAAAACAAAUCAAUUGCCACAUUCAUUAAGCGAUUUUAUUAUUUAACACAGCAAUCAAAUGUUGCGUUACUUUCCAACCUCGUCCACGGAAAAUCAGAGUUUCAGGUUUAAAUCUUUAUCUUUAUUAUUACUUAUCAGUGUUGCUCACAGCCGGUUGCCGCUGUACCACGACCUGAACAACAAUCUGUCACGUCCUCAGCCGCAGGUCAACUGUACAUGCAUAUAGAGAUUUAUACUACAACUGUACAGAAAUUAUUCUUCGUCUCUCUCUCUCCUACUUUCUUGCCGAGAUGAAAGUUAUGAAAACUUCAUCCCGUCCGUCCGUCGUCGGGGUGAAAAAAAAAUAAAUACCACCGUGCGUUUCUAGGUGUUAUAGCGUUCGGGUUUUCUUAAACCAUUUGUAUUUUUGAGACGGAAGCUUCAGGCGAGGAAUGUUGAACAUUUGAGUGACACGCGACGACGUAACCGAGCGACUAAAAACUUAUCUAUUUAUUGAUUUUUUCUAAAAAGCAUCGAGCACAGACGGAGAGUCUCCGAAACGUGGACUGAACGAGGACGAUGGAGAAAUGGAACGCCUUGGAUUGUUUUUGGUGCUGUUACCAUGGAAACUAGAGGCCUGUACAUAAUAAUACAAGCAGAUCAGGAAACCUCUGGAGGCCGGGGUCUGAUUGGCUUCCGUCGUGUCGACAUUACUCCCGAACCGUUUGGAAGUUUCACUGAUAAAUGACGACGUGCUUUCUGAAUCCGACAUGGAAUCCAGCUCUUCCAGGUUUCCCCUACGAAAGAAACAGAAGGUUUACGUCAUCGAUAAAGAGAUGGACUGUGAGACGUCGAGACGAGCUCUCCACCUGAGGACACUGUAGCAGACGACCUCGCGUUCCAAACGUACUUCCUGUUUUAGUCUGUUGUUGAAGUGCGUCAGCUUGGCGACCGCUCACUGAGACUAGAUUUUACAACUGGACUAUUUUUUUGCACGCACUAUUUUUUUAACAUUAGAUCUUCUGCUCUCUCCAGAUUUCCAGAGAAUCCCAUAAUACCUCCAGUAAAGGAGAUAUAUUGCUUUACAUAUAAUGCUUUUUCCCCCUCUAGUGUGUAAUAAAGUUUUUUUCUGCAAAAUUAAUAAGCUGAAAAUCUGCGACAGAAAACUCUGCUCCUGAAAACUCUGCUCCUGAAAACUCUGCUCCUGAAAAGCCUCGUCAGUCGCCCGGACGACACUUCCCUAGUGUGACGUCACGAUGCCUAUAGUGGCUAGACUGACACGCCCCCCCAACAAAGCCGGGCAAAGCGAGAGCAAGAGAACUUCCUGCGCCAAUCGCAACAGAGUGGAGGAGCCAGCCGGCCAAUCAGAGCAGAGCAGCCUGGGCUUCGAUGGGAGGGAGGGGCCUUAAAGAGACAGGAGCCAAAAACCCAAGUGUUCUCAGACGGAUGUUGCGAAAGAGGAGCUGCAGGAAACUGAUGUGUUCACUGAACAUUAAGAACAUGUGAACUUUCUCAAGUAGUAACCCAACAAUAAAAUGAUGAACCUAAAUAUGAGCAGAAUAUAUCUCCUUUAAAACCCCCCAGUCUUAUCUAAAGACUUAUACAAUGUUUAGGACCUUCGCUACAUAGAAUUUGUUAAAGACAAAAAUAUAUAUAUAUAUAUAUUCAGCAUAUUAUCAAUGGUGUCCAGCAGAGGGAGCUGUUUGUAGCCAGUUUUUAGAACCUACGGGGGAAAGCGUUACGCUUACCACCCGUGGUAACUGUUACCAACAGAAACCAGUGUAGCAAACCGACCGCGGCGUCAGCGUAACUCGUUUAGCAGCCGAGUGCCAGAGCUUUUUUUUUUCUCUACCCGCCGAUGUUUGUUUUAAAUCCAAAAAGCUGAGCAUUCGAGCUGUGUCGAGAGCUCGCACACGCACAGAUGUUUUCAUGUAGCCGACUUCUCUCCGACGCUGUGAACCAGUCGUUCCUUCCACUUUAUCGUUUAACCUCCGUUGUUCGACGCAGACGUUUCUUCUUCCAGCUGUGAUCUGGGUGUAAAUAUUCACGCGCUCUGCGCGCCGUCCAUCUCCGAGAUGUGUUGACAUUAUGAACAAGUGGAGAACAUUUUUAAAAAGUUUACAUGGUCAACUUUGGUUUGACGUUUGACUUGAGCGUCAAAAAAAAACUGAACAUGUGAGUUUGUUUGCAUCACUCGUGAAAACGUGCAGUUUGCAGGAGUGAGGUUUUAACACGUUUUAAGUUUUAAUACCAAAAUAAAGCUUGCCUGGUCCCA